GGAAACUUAAAACACUAAUGCUUAUACUGGAAAAGGGUAGAUAAUAACACAUUGAAUAGCAAUAUGGGUGACAAACCAGACCAGGACAAGAGCCCCAGAAAUCAUUCUUCUGAAAUCAAAACAUCAACGAAAACAGGGCCUGCAAACCGAUCUGGAGGUCCAAGUUUUGUAGCUGACUUUGCCAAAGUGGGUGCUUAUUCCUGUCUAGCUGUGACUUUUACUGCGCCUUUGGACCGUGUCAAGUUGCUGCUGCAGUGUCAGCAUGAACUGAGAAAGACGGGUCGUCUGUCCAAGCCCUAUAAAGGUGCUCUGGAAUGCGCGUUACGAAUAUACAGAACAGAAGGCUUUAUUCCACUUUUCAGAGGAAAUUUAAUCGCAUGUGUUAAGCCCUUUCCCGAACAAGCGAUAAAUUUUGCAAUGAAAGAAGCAGUAAAAAAAAUGACCAGACUUUCAAAAGAGGAAAAUGCUUAUAUAAAAUUAGCUAAAAAUCUCUGCGCUGGAUUUUUAGGAAGUUUUGCUACACUUGGUCUGGUGUAUUCACUGGACUAUUGUAGAACCAGAAUGGCGGCCGAUGUUUUACAAACAGGUAAAGAUGGGACGAAGAAGCGACAAUUUUCGGGUAUCAUUGAUGUGUACAGACAGACGAUGCGCUCCGACGGAAUUGUCGGACUUCAUCGGGGGUUCGUGGUGUCUUGUCUGGGUAUAAUUGUCUAUAGAGGCGCUUACUUCGGCUUCUACGACACUCUGUCUCCAAUGCUUUUAAAGACCGGUCAAUUCAAACUAUUUUACGCUUUUGGACUGGGAUAUGGAGUUACGGUCCUUGCUGGUCUAGUAUCCUAUCCAUUGGAUACGAUCCGAAGGCGAAUGAUGAUGACAAGUUGUGAACAGGUCAAAUACAAGGGUUGGAUAGACUGCGCCCGUUAUGCUAUCAAGAAUGAUGGAUUCUUUAGUUUGUAUAGAGGAGUUUUUGUGACUAUUGUAAAAGGCUUUCUUGGUGUACCGUUUCUAAUCGGCUACGAUGUCCUCAAGCAGAAUCGUUCAAAAUCUUAAAUCACGUUUGUGAUAUUUGUAUGUGAGUCUUAUGAGAGAAAAAAAAUAUUUCGGGAUAUAUGAUAAUAAAUACAUUUUCAAUCAAUGUUUUCAUGUGCUUUUUGAUAGUUCAAAUCAAGGAUAUUUUGAUGAGAGAGAAAGAUUCAUUAUGUUCACAUCCUGAUUACAUGUGCUAAUGUUACAUGUAAACGUUGGUAAGCUAUUAUCGUAAAUUAUAACAUGACAUGAUAAACACUGUUUCGUUUGGUCUUACAUGUAUAUGAUUGUUUUCAAUUUACAGUGAAGUAUUGAUGAUAUUAUUUUCGCAAUUCAACGAUCUUCUG